CUCUCCUCAGCAUUUCACAGGCGUGCGCAGGGCUCCGCCCUUCGGAGCAGAGGCCAGCUCCACUCAAAUCACAACUCACCUUGAUUACAGGUUUUUAUGGCUCUGCAUUCUUAAAGGCAAAUCAACUAGCUGCUGAAUCAGUGGACCUUAAACUUUACCAAGCACUGUUGUGUUUGUGUGUUGAUCUUUAGGAGCAACCAGCGUGCUGGUGAAAGUACCUGGCUCUCAGUGGGGAGUUUCAAGAGGUGUGCUUUUUACUUUCUAGUUUGCCUGGAUUUAACUUGUUUGAGCACCUGCCCAGCCCUGCUGCUACUGCUGCUUCCCAGCCAGCAUUGUUUCAAACUUUCAAUGGAUUGAAGACCACCCCCCACCCACCUAGAAGAAAAGCAAUGUUUAAAAAGAUUAUGGCCCCGAGAAGAACGCAGCAGGUGGGGGCGGGGCCUUCCACGGAGCAAUCCUACAUCUACAAGGUGGUUCUGCUGGGGAGCACGGCCGUGGGAAAGUCAAGCAUAGCCUUCCGCUAUGUGAAAAAUGACUUCCGGGAAUUCAUGCCCACUAUGGGAUGUUCUUUCUUCACCCAGCUGGUAUGUUUAGAGACUGCCACGAUUAAGCUUCAAAUUUGGGACACUGCAGGACAAGAGAAGUACCAUAGCGUUUGCCAUCUUUAUUACAAGGAGGCUAACGCUGCCCUUCUUGUAUAUGACAUUGCCAGAAAGGGAACUUUUGCGAGAGCAAAGCUAUGGUUGAGGGAAUUAGAGAAGGAAUUUCUUCCUGAUGAGCUCGUGAUUGUUUUAGUCGGCAAUAAGACAGAUCUUGCUGCUCAGCGGGAAGUCACCUUUGAGGAGGCGGAGGAGUUUGCAAAGAGCAAAAGCUUAAUCUACAUGGAAACAUCGGCAAAAUCCAACCACCAAGUGACCGAGGUGUUUAUGGCCAUAGCUCACGAGUUAUUGAAACAGGAACAACAGAAGGAACCAGCCCUUCGGCCUCAGCCCUGGAAGAAGUCACGCGUGGAUCUGCGAGAGCCAAGCAAUCAGACUAAGAAGUGUUGCAUGAACUAAAGGAAGUGGCAGACUGACCUAGUGUUACCAUUGAGUGCGUGUUCAUUUUGGGGGAGGGAAGGAAUGCUGGCCCUAUGUCUUGUGUGAAGUGCUGUUUUUGCCAAGGCAGCAUGCUUCUAAGGGGCAGCUUGUGUGUCAGACUGUGAUUAUUGCUUUUUUUAAAUUAUUAUUAUUAUUGUCAGUGUUCGAUUGAAGAAUUGUACGAGAGGAGAUCUUACCGAGUGCAAGGGACCUGAAAAGCACUGCAAGCCUCC